UAUGUUAACGUAUUCAGUUCUAAAGCAAGGAGCUAGAAAUGACAAGAACUGUAGCUCCAUGUUGGUUUUCUCAUUGGUACGAUAAUUCAUGGAUUUUAAAAAUAGGUAAGCCACCUGGAUUGUUUGGUCUUUCAGAAACGAUGUGUGAACAACUAUGAGACUAUUUACUGGGAAUAUAAGGAUAGAGAUGUUGUGAAAAACAACAGUGACUGUGGGUAUAAAGGAGCAGUCAACACAGCAAACAGUGUCUAUUGAAACUCGGAGCACGACGCGUCGCAAUUCAUCAUGGGCACCGUUCUUUCGUUCUCUCCAAGGCCGCGGAAACCUUUGUACGAAGAUAUCAACCUAAAUAACUUCAGUUAUGAAAUUCUCAACAAUGCCAAGAAUCAAAUUCAGGCACCGACGACAAAGGAGAAGAAUUUUAAAAGACAUUCUAUAUUCCUCAGUGGACUAAGCUGGAAGAAGUUCACAGUUAACGCAGGAAAGAAAAAAGAUAAGAAUUUUCUACGAUUUUCAAAUGCGUCGGUUCGUGUGCUUCCCGGGAAAAUUGAUAACAAUUUUAACAUAGAAAAUGUCAAUUUGAAUAGGAAUAUUCCUAAAUCUGUGUCGUGUUAUAAUCUUAAAACAGAAACCGAGGAAAAGCAAUGUUCACGACGAACCAUUAUUGUGAAAAACACAGAAAAGGGAACAAGUCCAAAACGUACAGUUAUACAAGCGUCAACGUCAGAGCUGCUUAAGUGUCUGGGGGAAUACCUCAGGAAACGUUGCAAACGUUUGAGACAUUUUGAGGGCUGUGACGUCAUUAUGUGGCUAAAAACUGUAGACAGAUCCCUUCUUCUGCAAGGAUGGCAAGAUGUUGCCUUCAUCAACCCCGCCAAUGUAGUGUUCGUCUACAUGCUCAUUAGAGACAUCGUCUAUUCAGAUAUCGACAGCGAGCAUGAUCUUCAGUCACUGGUGCUAACGUGUUUGUAUCUUUCUUACUCCUAUAUGGGAAAUGAAAUCAGUUACCCUCUUAAACCUUUCCUCGUUGAGGAAAACAGAGAGCGAUUUUGGGACCGAUGUUUAUUGAUAAUCAACCGGCAGAGUUCGAGCAUGCUCAAAAUAAACAGUGAUCCAAGUUUUUUCACCGAGAUUUUCACUGAACUCAAAGCUUAUUCACCCUGUAUAUGACAACGAUUCAGUAUGUCAGUGAACAAGCUACACUCAUAAAUAGAUAUAUAUUUUGUCAUUUUCCUGACCGGAGGAGACGGAAUCCCUGUAAAGUAACCUCACAUUAACAAGGAUACUGGUGAUUAUAAAAACUGUGUCAACUGGGUACCGUGAGGGGCGAGAGUUGGUACGUAUCGUCCCCAAAGCGACGUUGAAUGGGUCAAACCGCAGAUGUAUAGUCAGAAAUCGACACUGAGGACUUCGAUUUCCACCACAAGGAUAAGGUACAACGAGGUUAAUGCCUAGCCGAGGGAAUAAGGCACAAAACGAAAAAUCACAGUCUUGAAUAGUUUUUAUGUGUUCUCGGAUCUCACUUGUGUACCCCGAGACUGAAAGGACAAUUAUCAUUACACACCGGACUAGGAUUUAACUCAAUGAUGUUCAGAUUGUCAGAUGUUCCUCCCCAGGGACUCAACGAUUGGACGGGGCAUAAAAUGCCAGGUUUGUACCUCUUGGAUCCAAACGAGCCAGCUGUUCUCAUGAACAUAACUGGUUUGAAACACAAUCGAAAUGAUAUAAACUGCCGCAAAUAUCCCAGGAACUGUCCUGCUGUUGGCUCACCAAGCUUCGUGAUAGGCAUUCGUCCUAGACAGACAUUGUAAGGAUUUAAUAUCUAACUUUAUUGUGAUGUCUAAACUGAUAUUGUUGAUAUCAGACAUAUUUUGGCGUUAUACUACCAAGAAAGUAUAUCUACGAUGUAUAUGAUUUAAGAACGAGCUUAUUACUAUCUCAGACGUGUUAUUCCGUGUAGUUUAUAAAACUGAUGAUACUUUAGAUAGCCAGUCUGCAUGUCGAUCCAAAAUCAAUAAUUAAUCAGUGGUAUGGAUUUUGUACGAAAAUGAUAUAGAUAAUAUUUGACACAUGAUAACGACAGGAGAUACGUAACGUAUUUACCAGUAGAUAUAUUGAUCAUUUGAGGUAAAGUUUAUGACAGAAUUGCCAAAUCUUGUUAUAUGUUGCUUGACUUGACUGUCGUGUUAUUUGACAGAGAAUAUAACCGCUGUCACAGUAUCAUUCUGCCAUUAUGGAAUGACAAUUAACUUUUGUCAUACGAAUUACAUAGACACACUACUACCCAAUGUUCAAUACGUAUCAAACUUUAUUCCCCAUUUUAAAUCUGUUUUUUAUCUAAAUUAAGUUACUGAAAUACGCUUUAUAUCUAAAUAAUAUUUCAUCAUUACAUCAUGAUUUGAAAUUGAUUAAAAUCGUACGAAUUGAAAUAACCACCCUUAUAUUAUCAUGAUAGCUAGGGUCUUAAAAUUUAUUUUUUCGACAAAAUCAAUUUUCAGGAUUUAUUAUCUCCUUGAUAUUUCUUCAUUCGUUUUUGUCUCCCAAUUCUAUCAUGUUACAUGAGUGAAUCUAUUUUUGACCCGUGCGGAUGCGAAAGUGUGUGUGAAAAUACUUGUAGAUGACCCGGGUGUUUUCGGGAAAUGAUGAUGGUAUAGGCUAAGAGAAUAUCGAUUUUACAAAAAAUAGGCAAAAUUGAUAUUUAUACAAAUUUAAACCGGAAAGAAAACACCUGUAUAUCUUUUUUAUUUGUUACUGAACAAACAUGCUUUUAAGAAAUCGAUCUUAUUCGACUGAUUUGGAAUAAUGGUAAAAUGUAGUCACUCUUUGGCGGCUGAACUGACUCAUACAGUAACUUAAAUAAUUGUGUGUAUAAAAAUAACUUACGUCUAAAUGGCAUCGCUUUGGUGCGAUCGAUUAGGACAAGAAAUGGCAGGGAGUGUAAUGACCUGACUAUCAUUUAGGCGGCUGGACCUACUGAACUGGUUAUUCCCAGUAUUGAUAUUGAUCAAACAGACAGUUAUGCAUGAACAACUAUCGAUGGGUUCAAUCAAUUCAGCAAUGAAAUUGAAAGAUGGGUAAUGAAUAGGAUUAGUCAUAACACCUCCAUAGCAGACGUCCCUAGGGGCUAAUCCUCAGCAUAAAAUCUUCUGCUAUGACAGUUUAUAUUUUCAAAUGCCGAAACAUACCGCUGACUUUUUAUCCUUUUCAGAAUUCAGUCUAAAAUUAGCUCAUAUAUAUAUAUAUAUUAGUUGAACGGGCACAAGUGUGUUAUUUCAUGUAACACUAAGGGGACUUUUUUUUAUAUCAAAGUGAGUAUAUGUUCUUCAUACAAAAUCUGUACAUGUGAUAUCAAUUUACCUCACAGAUGACUGUGAGUGUAUAGAAGUCAUGUGACAAUACUUAGUGUGAUCGAUUACCUAAAACAAUAAGGUAAAAACUGCGGCUGCGCAUGCGCUAAUCUUUAAACAUCGAUAAAAGAGAUACGGAAAGUACCAUAACUGUGUUGAUAAUUUUGAAGUUAAAUUUUAUGUUUUGAUAAUUAAAAAAUGAAAUACAUUGUCUUUUCUCUGUGUAUCAAAAUAAAACAAUUGUAAUCUAUACAGAUUGAUAUAUAAAUAUUUAUUAGAUUUAAAUUUCAUUCCGAUGAUAUUUUUACAUAACAUUUAUAUAUGUAAUAAAACAAAAUUAAAAAAUGAGACAUUUAGAAAAUUUCUGCACUGGCCACAAACGCUUCUUCCAUCGGGUUUUUAAUUUAAACAGAUUCAAAUGUCAGUAUACCUGUCUCGUUAGUACCGGCAAUAAACUGUCAGCAAUAUUUCAUUACCUUUGUUUCAAUGUAUCUUUCUAUUUCAAAUUUGACAAAAAUAUAUUUUAUGAUAUAUUUAGAUAUAAUCUACAAGAGACAACACAAAUCAUACGGAAAUAGGGUCAGUCAACGGUGAUGGAUGUAUGUGUGAGGGUGUGUGUGAGGGUACGGAUGUAUGUGAGGGUGUGUGUGUGAGGGCGUGUGUGUGAGGGUGUGGGUGAGGGUAACGAUGUAUGUGAGGGCGUUGAAGUGUUUGAUAGCAAUUAACUCAAUCACAUGGACUAGUAUGUAAACGGCAAAUUUGUUAUUUAUUUAGAGAGAAGAUAUGUAAACGGCAAGUUUGUUAUUUAUUCAGAGAGAAGAUGUUGUGUUCCUGCUAUGAAAGUUUCAUCAUUUCUUAAGGAUAUAUAUAAUUUGUUAUCAUCAUGAGAAUUUUUCAAUAUAUUUUAAUUGUUAUCGUGAAUUAUACAGCGGAAAGUCAAUAAUCCGAAAUCAAGUUAUCCGAAUUUUAUAAACUAGAAUUUUAUUAUCCGAAAUUGCAUACUUCAUAAGCAAACCGAUAUAGUAAAUGCCCUUUACUGGUAUACGAUAAUGGCAAUAUCAUCGGAAAUCAUAGAGAUUAAAAUGUGUAGGUCGACUUCAUUUUAACUGGUAAUCUGGAAAAAACAAAAUACAUAUUUCACUCAAAUAUUCGUGUACUGCAAUACGAAAAUUCUUAGGAUAUUCCAAAAAAAAUUCCUAUAUUUUAAAUUCAAUUAGUUCAUCAUUCUAAGCGUGCUAAGGUAAUAUUGAUUUCGGACUAGUGGUGUUCCGCUGUACGCUGGCUACCGCAUGUGAUUCCUUAGUGCUUUUUAGUUUAAUGAAGAUAUGUCAAAUAAAUUUGUCCAGUCAAUAUA